UUUGUUGACUUGUUGACUUUUUAUUUUUGCCUUUUUUCGGUGAGGAAGACAUGCUCAGCAUAUUCUUAACAUUCCAUCUCACUAUUUAGUUCUUCUCUGUCUCUCUCUGAGAUCUCAAUGAUUUCUCUUCAAUCUUUGCAGCUUCGAGACCCUUAUUACUAUUGUCAGGCUGAGGGCAAAAUAAAAAUACGAAAUGGUUAAAUCAUACACGCAUGAGUACAUUUACAAGCACCCAUGGGAGCGGGUAACUUCUGCAUCUUGGCGCAAGUUUACUGACAAUGAGAACAGGCAUCUCUUAAACCAUAUCCUUGAAGUUGACACACUGAGCUGCAAGCUUGACCCGCUAUCUCAGAGGCUUUUUAUCACUCGUGCAGUCACUACCCAUUUUCCUGGACCAUGGUUCAUACGCAAAAUUGUUGGUCAGGACAUCUGCCACUGUAUUGAAUCAACAAUCGUUGAUGCACAGUCACGGUCAAUGCAGCUCACUUCUCGAAAUUUCAGUCAUCAGAAGUUCGUAGAAGUGGAGGAGAAGAUCCGAUAUGAACCCCACCCUGAUAAUCCAAAUGAGUGGACACUUUGCCGGCAGGAGACCAGUAUUAACAUAAAGCCAUUAUCAGUACUGGCAUCAAUGGCAGAAAAGGUGGAGGAAAGAUAUGCUGAGAAGGUAUUGAAGUACGGUGCUACAGGUAGAGAUGUUAUGGAGAGGAUCUGUAAGUAUCUUGAAGCUGAAUCUAGAGGAAUUGCUUUCCAAUCCUAGCUUGCACAUGCUGAAGCUGAAAACCUGUCUUUCCUUGUUUCAGAGCAAAAUCCUUGUUAAGAAGUGCAUAGGGAUUUUAUGUAAAGUUAAGACCUUCAAAGCUGAAUAAUUUCAGGAUUUAUGUUGACUCAAAUCUCCAUAAUCUUUUAGCUAGUUCAAUCCUGGCAAGCUUCUGUACUUGAUUGCUUAACUAAUUUCAUUUUGACAAUGCCGUCACCUUUAUUUUUA